UUUUAUUGUCUAUGGUGGCGUAGUGAGGUGGUGAAGAAAAGAUAGUCGUAAAAUCACACUCAGCUAGCAAUCCCUAAAGAAUUUUAGGAAAAGUGAAGUGCUUCGGGCUUCGAUAUAAAAACGGAUUACUGCCAUCACUUUAGUUUUGUUUUGUUAUUGAAUUAUGCUUGAUCCUAUUGAUACUAUCGACAUGAAAUCGUGUCGUAUAUGCUUGACAAACAAUAAACCAUUAUGUCCUCUAUUUCGAUACAAGUUGUCGGGUAAUUAUGCUGAAAUGCUUACAGCUAUUGCCGAUGUUAAGGUGUCCUCUAAUGAUGGAUUGCCUGAAAAGAUUUGCCUCAAAUGCUGUACAACUUUGGAAAAGGCAUACUUACUUAAAACUGUGGCUGAAAGGUCAGAUAAGAAACUGAGAAAAAUACUAGCAAGAGAAAAAGGAAAUGUACCUACUAAGAAAAUCGCAUUUGACUCUUUUACUGAUAUCAAAAGUGAAAUAGGACCAUUGACUAUAAAGCCGGAACCAAAGUGGGAAAUGGAAAUUGAGGUACCAGAAAGCAGUAGGCCUGUCGAUACAAUGGAGGUUAAAGAUAUUGUGAUUGCUAACACAGUAAUUAGGAAAGUAGAUCCAAAUGCAGAAGAAAUUAAAUUGGAUAGCAAUGAUGAUGUACAACUAACUUGGACAUCAUCAGGCAACUCUCAUUAUGCUGCUAAAGGGGAUCCAGAUGCUGAAUAUUUAGAAGAUGAUGUUUUCCAAGAUGAUGAUGACGAUGAUUACAUUCCUCCUGUGGAGAAGCCUAAGACCAAAUUCAAGAAACCUAAAUUAUCAGAUAUCAAGGUGUUCAAAGGUAAAACUGUUGUCAGAAAAGUAAAGGUUCUGAAAAAAAUUAAGGAUGAUCCUGAAUAUGAUUCUGGUAGAUCGAGAGAUGAGAAUAAGUCACGAUCAACUACUAUUACUUGCUAUCCAAUUUUGAAGAAUGGUUCAAGAGGUUCACCUAUCCUGUUGAAGAGACCCAAGGAUGCAACAAUACUGAAAGUCCAUCCAGGUUAUAAAUCGAAGUCUCAGUCCUCUUCAUCUGAGAGUGUGAAAGUAGUGCGCAGGGACAAACCUGUUAGAAUGGUGCGGACCAGUGUCUCCAAGCAACGAGAGAAGCUUGUUUGUCCCGUGUGUGGUAUUCUCACGUUUACAUUGGGCAAUCACAUGGCAACACAUCAAGAAAAGAAGAGAUAUACCUGUGCGCAAUGUCCCAGAUCAUUUGCGCAGAAGAGUAAUUUGCUAAUCCAUGCUAAACAACAUACAGGAAUAAAAGACCAUAUUUGUGAAGUAUGUGGGGCUGGUUUCUACAGUCAGAAGUCACUGGUUAGACAUAAUUUAAUUCACAAGGGAGAAAGACCAUUUUCCUGCAAUUUGUGCACAAAGAGGUUUAUAGCUAUGGCAGGCCUGCGCCGCCAUAUGGCGAUCCAUACUGGAGAAAAACGGUACAACUGUAGCUUCUGCAAUAAAAAAUUCACGCAAAGCCACCACCUCCAGAACCAUAUGAUUACCCACACUGGCGAUAGGCCCUAUACUUGCGAGGUUUGCAAUGUGGCAUUCAGUUACAAAGUGAACCUGAAUAACCAUGUCUACAAAGUGCAUGGGAUUAACUUAAAGUUUAAGUCUAUUCACACCGUGACUGAGGACAUACUGCGCCGAGAGAUGGGCAUGAUGAACGAGACAAGGGUUGCGAUAACACAUAUUUUGCCGCAAUUAGGAGAGGUCCCGACUCCAGCGGCCCAUGAAACUGUACUCUCAUUAACGUGAUCCAUGAAACCCGAGAGAAGUAUCUUCCAUUCAAGUUAUACAAACAUAUUAGUUUAAAAGCUUUUACAUAAAAUCUUUAAUUUCUGUUUUAUGUCUCUUGAAGUUCUGUUGCGUAUAAAAACGCGUCUACAUGCAAUAUGUUGUUGACCUAUGUUAUUCAACUCUUAAAUAAUAAAAGCAAUAUACAAUGUUUAAUUAUGUAAAUAUUUAGUCAAUGUUAAUACUUAAUUAAAAUACGUUUUUGAAUAA